AUGCGCACCUCAAUGAUCUCCACACUCCUCUCCCUCAUGUUGGCUCUCUCUGCGUCUGCCACUGCCAGUGGCUCCUACGAGAACGCCAUUGAUGCGCGCACUGUCGUUCACGACCACGAACGCAUCGCGCGAGUCGCAGAGGCCAUGCAGGCCAUCCGACGUGCCAACGCGGACAACGGCAAGAAGGACGACAAGGGAAAGGCCCAGCCGCCGAAGAAGCCCGCGCCGCCGCCCAAAAAGGCUCCUGCGCCGCCGAAGAAGGCCGACACGCACCUAACCUGCCCACUUAUCCCCUCUAGUUAG